AUGCACGGCCGAACAACCUCCAACUCGUACCGAAUCUCCGUCUCGCCCUCAUCCCCCACAGCAUCCGCUCGCACUCCCACCCGCACACCCAGGCGCAGGCCAUCUGGGACAGCGUCACAGUCAGGCAGGGGACUCAUAGAAAGGGCACACGACGCAGCGAGCUGGCUCGUCGGAGGGGCGGGGAGGACGGGCGUGCGCAGGUGGAUGGUCCUCGCGGGCCUGAGCUUCGGUGCCGUCGUGUUGUUCUCGGCGGGAAGCGCACCAGCGGGCGUAUCUUUGCCAGUUCCAAGCCGAGGGUGGAGCGUCCUCGACUGGCGAAAGGGAGACGAUGCAGCUCUGCUCGACAACCCGGACGUCCCUCCCGUCGUCGACCGCUCAGCACUCGAGAAACUUCGCCUGCUCGAGAUCCACUACGGCGCAGACGAGGAAGCCGAGCCAGCGUACGACGGGAACGACAAUCGCCAGGCGGAGCGGUACCGCGCCCGAACGAAACCCAACCUCGACAAGCCGCCGCUCGUCGUCGAGAUCCCCGAGUAUGUCAAGCCCGAUCCGACGGCGCCAGUGCCGACACAGCGCGUGCAGUCGGAUGUGCUGGAUGAGGAGGUGUGCGGCGCGAAUGGAGGAAGGCCGUGUCAGUUCUUGGUCCCGGCUUGGCUAGGUGAACAAGAGACCAAGGCGCAACAGCACCUCUACCAGCUUGGCCUUCUCGCGCUCGCCCUAAACCGCACGCUCAUCCUGCCCAACGUCUCGAAAUCCCGCCUCGGCACCUGCUACCGCAACCCCUUCUCCUUCUACUAUUCGCCCACCUCUCUCUCGGACCUCGGCAUCCCCACUAUUUCGCAAGAAGACUUUAUCGCCUGGACUCUGCGGCGCGACCUCCCUCCCUCGGCUCAAGUCGUCACGAUGGCCAAUGCGAAAGCGACCUACACCUCCGGCGCCGUCGAGAUAGACUCAGCAAGCGACCCUACCCUCGUCCCCUCCAAACCGAACCGAAACCUCUGCCUGCGCGCGCCCCGCACCCGACUCGACUUUGCGGGACAUUCGCCCCUUGCGAUCUACCCGCCCGAAGGCUACCACCGCAACGAGGCGAGCCGGCUCGCGUUCGGCGAGAGCGUCGUGCGCACGCUCCAGUCGGCUGAAGUUGCGGCGCGCGCGUCUCGCGCCUCGAGCUCGCGCGAAGCGGAUGGUCACGAGUUGGCGGACGUCCUGGCGUUCAACUAUGAGCUUCGGUUCCCGAUGCUUUCGCCCAGCGUUGCCUCGACCUUCGCCUCAUCCGACUCGAUCGCCGAGCCGCUUCCUUUCGAACACUUCCCCUAUGCCGAAACCUGGUCGUCGCUCGCCUCGUUCCUCGCAUCCCGCCUCUCGCCCUUCGUCGCAAUCCACUGGCGAACCGAGACCCUCUCUCCCUCGAACCUCUCUCCCUGCGCCUCUUCGCUCGUCACGAAACUCGGCGCUCUCAAGCACCAGUACCCUCAGCUGCGGAACGUCUACCUCGCGACGGACUAUCCGAUUGAGGCGCUCGACCCUGCGGCGUUUGGGGAGACAGAGGCCGCGCAUUCGGGCACGUUCGCCAAGGUCGUUACGCCCCAGCACCAUGCGGCGAUGAGGCGAUUCCUGAAGGACUUUAGGGCGAAGUUGAAAGGAGAGAUGGAGUUGAGGUUGACGACGUUCUCGAAGGAACAGGCCGAGUUGCAGGCUGAGAUGGAUGAAGCGGGCGGCGGGCUCGAGACGGUCCUCCCCCCUCAACUGGCAUCGCAACUCUCGAACCUCACCUCCCCCGAGACGGAGGAUCCCUCAGCGACCUUCCUCGCCCUCGACGCACUCGACUCAGGCCUCCUCGGCAUCCUCGACAAACUCAUCGCCAUGCGCGCGCAGAUCUUCCUCACGGGCGUCCCAGGCGUCGGGUCCAGCACGGUCGGCGCAUGCGCCAAGUUGAGCAGCUUUACGAAUCAGCUCGUGCAGGCGAGGGAGAAGGUGCGCGGUGAGUCUGCGAUCGAGGGUGAGGAGGGGCAGGAAGCGGAGGACGGGUUGUGGAAUACGGUCGCUCAUUUCUCGCUUUCGGGCGAGGAGGUGGAUUGA